ACAGCCACUUUCUACUUUCACCCAUUUAAAAAAAAAAAAUUCUAUAUUUUUAUAAAACUGAUCAAUCUCAAUAAUGGCGAAGAAUCUCUCUUCUGAUUUUCAGACAUUUACGAUGGAUGAUGAUCCAAUAACACAACUAGCAGAACUGAGCAACACUCUUCAUCAGUUCCAAACAUUUCCUCCUCCUUUCUCUUCUUGUCUCGAUUCUCUUUUCUUUCAUAAUCAAUUCCCUGAUCAUUUUCCCGGAAAACCUCUCGAGAAUAAUUUUCACCAAGGGAUAUUCUUCCCUUCUAAUAUCCAAAACAACGACGAGUCUUCUUCAAGAGUCGAUACCAAGAAGAGAAAAUCAUUAAUGGAAGGUGUUUCUACGUCGGAGAACAGUGUCUCUGAUCAAACCCUCUCAAGCUCUUCUGCUCAAGUUUCCCUAAAUGGAAAUUGUUUGACCAAAAAUAAUUCUUCAAGGAGAGGGAAGAGGUCGAAAAAUAGGGAAGAAGAGAAAGAUAGAGAAGUUGUUCAUGUUAGAGCCAGAAGAGGCCAAGCCACUGAUAGCCACAGCAUAGCAGAGCGGGUUCGGCGAGGGAAAAUAAAUGAGAGAUUGAAAUGCUUGCAAGAUAUAGUCCCCGGAUGUUAUAAGACAAUGGGAAUGGCUACUAUGCUGGAUGAGAUAAUUAAUUACGUCCAGUCCUUACAAAAUCAAGUCGAGUUUUUAUCUAUGAAGCUUACAGCAGCAAGUUCGUAUUAUGACUUUAACUCGGAGACUGAUGCUGUGGAAUCCAUUCAGAGGGCAAAGGCACGUGAGGCAGUGGAGAUGGGGCAAGGGAGGGAUGGGAAUUCUGUCUUCCAUUCAUCAUCAUGGACCCUUUGACUUUUGUUUUUUGCUCUCCUUUUUUUGUCUUUCUAAUUUUCUCCUUCUUUUGGAUUAUAAAAAAUAUAUACUUUC